AUGUCCGACAUAUCCGUUGCAGACUUCCGUUGCAAGAAAGAACAUAAAGUGGAGAAGAUGGAGAGCACAAGGGAGGAACAGGAACUGAAGGAGCAGCAACGCCUGGAUGAAGAGGAAAUCGAGUUUGGGACCUUGGAUUAUGGGAAGGAGGAGUUGGAUGAUUAUGCUAGCAGCCCCAAGGACGAGAACGAGUCAUACCCCAAGUUCGACCCCCGUACUCGUGAACAGAAAUUCGAAGACGCCCUCCAAACCGAGAACCUCGAGUCUAGCCUGCGUGUCGAAGCCAUGUUCACCGACGUUGAGGAGAACCAGACCAGCUUUGGCUUCGACUUCGACGGCGCCCAUUUCCACGGCCAUGACUAUGAAUGGCUGUUGCGCCAGGUGUUCAUCUUUCUCCAUCAGAACCCAAAUAUUCGUGGUGUGGAAUUCGAGGACUUUAAUGAAGAGUUCGAGAAGAAUACAAGUCUUAAACUGGAUUUGAAGGCACUAGCGAAACUUCUCAACCAGCACCCUACCUAG